AUGGACAAGGCAUGGGUUUUCCUGCCAAGGAAUACUCUUGAGUACUCAGAAGGAGUGACUAAUUUCGUGAAUUCAUCAGCAAGAAGAUUAGGUAAUCUGUCUGAAAUGCUAUGCCCCUGUAGAGAUUGCCGCAAUUUAAGCCAUCAGUUAUUAGAGAAGAUUGUUGAGCAUCUAGUGAUUAGGGGUAUGGAUAUGAAGUAUAAGAGUUCUUGUUGGAGUAUUCAUGGUGAGAAAAGAGAUUGUACGGAAGAUAUUGCUCCUGGAUCUGAAACUGAGGCUUUUGAUUUGUUGAAGACAGCAUUUUGUAUAGGUGAAGGUAAUCCGAAUGACAAUGGGGAACCAAAUGAGGAGGAUGAAGCUCUAGAAGAAACUGAAUUCAGGACGAAGUUAAGAGAAGCUGAAACUCCAUUGUACUCUACUUGUGUGAAAUACACAAAGGUGGCAGCAAUCAUGGGACUCUACAGAAUCAAAGUUAAGAGUGGUUUGUCUGAGAACUACUUUGAUCAGCUGUUGGUUUUAAUUCAAGAUAUGCUACCUGAAGACAAUGUGCUUCCGAAGAGUACAGACGCAAUCAAAAAGUUUCUGAAGGUCUUUGGUUUUGGGUACGAGAAUAUUCAUGCUUGUAGGAAUGAUUGCAUAUUAUAUAGGAAGGAGUUUGAAAAGCUAGAAAGCUGUCCAAGGUGCAAAGUUUCAAGAUGGGAGAAAGAUAAGCACAGUAAUGAGAUGAAGAUAGGGAUUCCAGCAAAGAUCCUUAGAUAUUUUCCAAUCAAGGACAGAUUUAGGAGGAUGUUUAGAUCAAAAAGGAUGGCUGAGCAUUUGCGUUGGCAUUCAACAAAUGCAACUGAAGAUGGUACAAUGCGACAUCCUGUUGAUUCUAUAUCUUGGGCACAAGUGAAUGACAGAUGGCCUGACUUUGCUGCCGAACCAAGGAACCUUAGACUUGGACUUUGUACAGACGGGAUGAACCCUUUCUCUAUGCAAAACACCAAUCACAGCACAUGGCCAGUAUUGUUGGUCAACUAUAACACGCCUCCAACAAUGUGUAUGCAGGCUGAGAAUAUAAUGUUAACUUUGUUGAUCCCUGGUCCAUCAGCUCCUGGUAAUAACAUAGAUGUCUACUUAGCACCUUUGAUUGAAGAUUUACAAGAUUUGUGGUCUGAGGGUAUUGAAGUGUAUGACUCAUUUGCGAAGGAGAACUUCACACUUAGAGCCAUACUACUUUGGAGUAUCAGUGACUAUCCAGCCUUGGGAGUAUUGUCUGGAAGUAAAGUCAAGGGGAAACAAGCUUGCAUCGUCUGUGGAAAGGAUACUCCUUCUAUGUGGCUUAACUUUAGCCGUAAGUAUGUAUACAUGGGAAAUAGAAAGAGACUACCGCCUGGCCAUCCUUACAGAUUUAAAAAAGGGUGGUUUGACAACACUGUUGAAGUUGGGAGAGCUAAUAGGAUACAAACAGGUGCUGAAAUUUAUGAGACAGUAAAGGCGUUUAGGAAUGAUUUUGGAAGACCUCUAGACAAGGAAAAAAAAAGAAAAAGAACAGAUUUGGAAGAUGAUGAGCUGGUUGAAGAAGAUGAGUGUGAAGAAUCAAAUGAUCUAUGGCGGUGGAAGAAGAGAUCAAUAUUCUUUGAACUACCUUACUGGAAGGAAUUGCCUGUGCGUCACAAUAUUGAUAUGAUGCACGUAGAAAAAAAUGUCUCGGAUGCUAUAUUGUCUAUCUUGAUGCAAACUGCCAAGUCGAAAGAUGGUUUGAAAGCAAGAAAAGACUUAGAAGAUAUUGGAAUCAGAAAGCACUUGCACGCAGAGGUUAGGGGAAAGAAAACAUACUUACCUCCAGCAGCCUAUUGGUUAUCCAAGAAAGAGAAGGCCAUUUUUUGCCAAAGGUUAUCUAAGUUUAGAGGUCCUGAUGGUUAUUGUGGUAAUAUUGCUAACAGUGUUUCAGUUAACCCUCCUAAUAUAGGAAGUUUGAAGUCGCAUGAUCAUCAUGUGCUAGUACAAAACUUGUUACCAGCUGCGUUAAGAGGUUUGUUACGUAGAGGACCUAGGAUUGCUAUUACCAGAUUAUGCAAUUACUUUAACAGAUUGUGCCAGCAUAUCAUUGACCCGGAGAAACUCAUAACAAUGGAGUCUGAGUUUGUGGAAACAAUGUGUCAACUGGAGCGGUUCUUCCCUCCAUCCUUGUUUGAUAUCAUGUUCCACCUUCCAAUACAUCUAUCAAAAGAGGCACGUUUAGGAGGACCAGUCCACUUCCGCUGGAUGUAUCCCUUUGAAAGACUUGUUCAUGAUGGAAUGGAGGCAUUGGACAUGGAGGAGGAUGCUGGUGCUUUGAACCCUCUGCUUGGACUCAAGUCUCUCAAGCGUUCCUCCUUGUUCAUGCUCGUUCAGGGACCCCUCUGCCUAGCCAUGCCGAGGCUUCUACACCGAGGUGGACAAGUUUCUGGGUAA